UCUUUCAUAUUGUCUCUUCCCAACAUUUGCCCUAUCUGAUUCAGGGGAAUGAGACGGACUACUCAACUAAGCUUAUUGCUUUUGAAAAACACACUGAGAAAUUGAGACUGGAGAAGAAAUGCUGAAGAAAAGACAACCCCUUCUUCUUCACAGCUUCUUCUACAUUUUGUUGUUAGUAUUAUGUAGUAUAAUUGCUUCUGCUGAAGCUGCAAAGCUAAUCCCAUCCCCUGAGGCUACUGCCCUUCUGGGUUUUCAGUCCAAAGCAGAUUUGAGAAACCAUAUCGGGUUCUCUCACAAUGCAAGAUUUCACUUUUGUGAUUGGCAAGGAGUCACAUGUUACCAGCAGAACGUGGUACGUCUCAUAUUAGAAGAUCUAGAUCUCGGUGGCAUUUUUGCUCCCAACACAUUGUCUCAGCUCAGCCAGCUCCGCGUUUUGAGUCUCCAAAACAACUCCCUCACGGGUUCGAUUCCUGAUCUUUCAGGCCUCGUCAACCUCAAAACCCUCUUCCUUGAUCGUAACUUCUUCACUGGUUCUUUCCCUCUUUCUCUUCUUUCCCUUCACAGAAUCAGAACUCUUGAUUUCUCCUACAAUAAUCUCACUGGCUCCAUACCAAGCACGUUAGCUUCUGUAGAUCGAUUAUACUACCUACGGUUGGACAGGAACCGGCUUAACGGAACGAUUCCUCCUUUGAAUCAGUCUUCCCUUAAAAUCUUUAACGUUUCAGGGAACAGUCUUACUGGUGCUAUUCCAGUGACCCCAACGUUGCUACGGUUUGAGUUCUCUUGUUUUUCGUGGAACCCUGGUCUUUGUGGAGAAAUUAUCCGCAAAGAAUGUCAUCCAAGGCCACGCUUUUUUGGUCCCACAGCUGCGGUCGUGCCGCAGCCACCGCCUACGGUGGCUCUUGGUCAAAGUGCAGAAGUGCAUGGGGUGGAGUUGGCUCAGCCUCAGCCAAGUUCAAAGGAGCACAAAAGGACCGCGAUUAUUAUAGGGUUCUCCGUCGGGGUGUUUGUUCUUAUCGGUUCACUUCUUUGCUUUGUCAUAGUGGUAAGGAAACAGACAGAUAAAAAUCAAUCAACGGCUGCGGUUGAAUCUGAUGACGGGGAGGCCGCAGCAAAAGCUGUGGCGGUCAUUCAAAUGGAGCAAGAAAAUGAGUUGGAAGAGAGAGUGAAGAGAGUGCAAGGAAUGCAAGUUGCCAAGAGCGGGAACUUGAUAUUCUGUGCGGGUGAGGCGCAGUUGUAUUCGCUGGACCAGCUAAUGAGAGCGUCAGCUGAGUUGCUUGGGAAGGGCACAAUGGGGACGACGUACAAGGCAGUGCUUGAUAAUCGUCUAGUGGUGACGGUCAAGAGGCUGGAUGCUGGGAAAUUAAAUGCCACAACGAAGGAAACGUUCGAGCAACACAUGGAAUCAGUUGGCGGCUUAAGGCAUCCCAAUUUGGUGCCUCUCAGAGCUUAUUUCCAAGCCCAAGAAGAGAGGUUUCUUAUCUAUGAUUUCCAGCCCAAUGGCAGUCUUUUCUCCCUCGUGCACGGAUCGAAAUCAACAAGGGCAAAGCCGCUCCACUGGACCUCAUGCCUGAAAAUAGCUGAGGACGUAGCACAAGGCCUCUCUUACAUACACCAAGCAUGGAGGCUUGUCCAUGGCAAUCUCAAGUCCUCUAACGUCCUUCUUGGCCCUGACUUUGAGGCUGGUCUUUCCGACUACUGUCUCUCAGCCCUAGUCACUUGCGUACCCGACGAAGAUCCUGAUUCCAUUGCAUGUAAGCCUCUGGAAACGCGCAAUUCUAAUCACGAGGCAACAUCAAAGUCCGAUGUUUUUGCAUACGGGGUUUUGUUGUUAGAGCUUCUGACAGGGAAACCUCCUUCCCAGCACCCGUGUCUGGUUCCGGAUGAGAUGAUGCAUUGGUUUAGGUCAUGCAGGGAAGAUGACGGAGGGGAUGAUGAAAAGCUAGGAAUGCUUAUUGAAGUGGCCGUUGCUUGUAGUUUGAGCUCUCCCGAACAAAGACCCACGAUGUGGCAGGUUCUGAAGAUGUUACAGGAGGUUAAAGCAGCGUCAAUGGAGGAUGGUGAAUUUGACCCACUUUCUGGGAUAUGUUAAAUCAAUUUAUGAUGUUACCAGCAUUUAAUUGUAGGAUUACAGUAUGCAAUAGAGAAAAGUAAAACCAACAUAUUUACACUCCAAGAUAACAAUUGCAACUGCUGCUAUUGUUACCUUAGGAAUUCAUUUCUGACAUUAUUUACGUUGUUUCAUA